AUGACAACAAUAUUAAAUAGAGAUGACGAUGAUGAUGAUGUAGCACGUACUUUUAAUGAAGAUAAUGAUAAUAUUGCAGCUCCUUUGACCAAUAAAAAUAUAGUAGACCCUUCUGAUGACAAAAAUAAUUAUGUAAAAGAUAUUUCAAAUAGAGAUGAUAAUGAUAAUGUUACAGCUUCGAUCGGUAAAAAUAUUGUAGAUUCUUCUGACGAUGAUAAGGAAUUAUUUAUUAUUAAAUGA